GUCCGGCCGGCCGGGGGCGGGCCCAGGCGGAGACCCUCACGGAGUGGGAGCCUGCGCCCCGCCACGGCUUCCCACAGCCCCCAGUCCCCCUGCAUCUCGGGUGCCCAGGGGUGGUCGGCGGCCCGGGGGCGGCCGUGGUGGCGGGAAGAGCCGGGGCGGGGGCGCCCAAGGCAGUGCUGCAGGUCCCAGGAGCCCGCUUCUCAGCGCACCUGGUGGUGAGCAUCAUCGCCCUGAGGGGGAGAAGGCGAGGAUAGGCCCAGGAAUAAUGGAGUCCAAAGAUCAAGGAGUGAAAAAUCUCAACAUGGAAAAUGACCAUCAGGAAAAGGAGGAAAAGGAAGAAAAGCCACAAGAUGCUAACAAAAGGGAGCCGCCUGUGGCCCUGCCUUUGGAAACAGGCGAAUACAGUGUGCCUAGAGGAAGUCGCAGACGGUUCCGUGUCAGGCAGCCCAUUGUGCACUAUAGAUGGGACCUGAUGCAUAGGGUUGGAGAGCCCCAGGCAAGGAUGAGGCAGGAGAACAUGGAAAGGUUUGGGGAGGAUGUGAGACAGCUCAUGGAGAAGUUGAGGGAAAGGCAGCUGAGCCAUAGUCUGAGGGCAGUUAGCACUGACCCCCCUCACCAUGACCAUCAUGAUGAGUUUUGCCUUAUGCCCUGAACCCUGAAGUUUUCUCUGAAGAUAAUGUGGGGACCCCUGCUUCUAAAACUUACAUGUUUGUGAUGCACUGUUGUAAAAAUUUUGAUGUCACUUCUCUCUUCUCGUUGCCAGCUUAUUAUUGGAACUUGUGUUUUUGACUCGGUCUGUAAUUCUUUUGUUAGCAGAAUUUAUCAAUUGCAUGGAAAGAUGCUCAUUACCUAUUGUGAAGCUAAUAAAGCAGAUUAAAAAGGCA